ACAUUGUUGUAAUUUAUCGUAUUAUUAAGAUUUCUUCUUAUUUUUAGGGUUGGCCUUGUUGAGUCUAAAAUCAGAGUUCUGGUUGGCAAUUUGGAACGUAAUGAAUACAUAACACUUGCACAUGUAAAUCCUCAGUCUUUUCCUGGGUCAAGUAUGCAACAAACUGAAGGUGACUUUGUGUCUAUGUGGUUUAUUGGAAUAAUGUUUAAAAAAGUAGAAAAUGCUGAAAGUGUGAAUAUAGAUCUGACUUAUGACAUUCAAGCUUUUACAGACACUGUUUAUAGACAAGCAAAUAAUAUUAGUAUGUUGAAGGAUGGAAUGAAGAUUGAAGCUACCCAUGUCAAAAGAAAGCAACUUCAUCAGUAUCUCCCCCCUGAAAUUCUACAAAGGAAAAAAAAGAGCAUUGCAGAAAUUAACCGAUCUUCAAAUGGAGGUGCAACAAAAAGAACUUCACUGGAUGGAAACUACUUGGACAGCUCCAGGGACACAGAUUCUGGAACACCUUGUAGUUCACCAACACUAGCAUGCAAAUCCACCAGAUUGGAAGUCAGUGGAGAAGACUUGCAAAAUGUUCUACCAAGCAAAACGUUACCCUUUGUGUUAAAUGAUCUGGAAAUGGCUGACACAUCUUCAAAAGGAAUGUCUAUUCCUGUUAUUGCCACUGGUGUUUCCUUUGUAGGACAACCAAUACAGCCAGCUGUUGUGAGCACUAUUCCCACUGUUGUCCGUAGGGGUUUUACUUCACUGGCAUCUCCACCAAAUCACCAGCCUGGAAGUCAGAUGACAAAUGGGCUGCUAAAUACUAAUGCCAACAGUGCUUCUAAAAGACCACAUUCACCUUCCAUGGACGAAUCCCCUAAACGAAUUAAAGAUAUGGAAAUGCUAGUUACUCUGAGUAAUGAUUCUGCCUUCAAACAUCCAUAUCCUCCUGGCAGCAGUGGACUAGAGGAACAGGAGGAACAGGAUGAUGUGAUAGGGAGUAAACCUAUGCCAAUACCAACCAUUGAUACAUCUAGAUCACAGCGAUUGCCCAGUAAGGAACUUCCUGAUUCAUCUUCUCCUUUACCAACUAGCAAUCUUCGUGUAAUUAAAAAUUCCAUCAGGUUAACCCUAAAUCGGUAACCCAAGCCUAACAAGGUAAACCGUUUUCUAGUUGCAUCCCAGGUCAAAAUUACCAAUAUUUUUAUAAGACAAAACUGACUAUAAAACGUGUGCAUUUCAUUAUAACCUUGAAGAUGAAAUGCUAGACAUAAUGUAUUACACAAUUAAUCUGGCAUUUUCUAGCCACUUCUCCCUGGUAUUGCAACCAAAAUCAUGUGGACAAUGGAACUUUGUGCAAAUUGCUAUAAGGGAUUCGUUGUAGCUACUUGACAUUCUCGGCUAACAUUCUAAACACUUUUUUUGUAUUAUAGGCAUUGUUGUGUAUAUAAUUGUUAAGUCUUUAAAAUCACAGUCUUUUGAAUUUACAAGUUUGUACUUUUAAUAACUAAAAAUAAAAAAAAAAAAGUGUUUUUGUUUAAGUGUGACUGACUUGCUGUUAAGUAUUUCUGUUAGUUUAGAAAGUUAACAUUUUGUUUUGAAAAUAUUUCAAAUAUAGCCCCACAGUUUUCUGCUGCGUUGAUCUAAGCAGAAAAAAUAAAACUGAUUUUAAAUUGCUGUUAAGGUGCUGUUUGGGGCAGAUGUUCAUUUGCAUGGCUUUUCCAGUGCUAACCUUUAGCCAUUGUUUCCCAAUUGUUCCUCUGAAAACUUAGUUUAUUUUGGAAUAUCUGAUUUCUUUCUUCUACCUGCCUCCUGUGGAGGCAAUGAUUGCUUUACUGCCAUAUAAGAAUCUUAACAGAUUAUUUUCAUUUUACAGGAGGUGAAUAUUCUGCCUAGGUUACUUGUACAGAAAUGUAUUUCUGUGCCAUGUACUCUGUUUGUUUAAACAGCAAAAGUUUCAAUUUACAUCUACUGUAUACAUAUUUUAUGCUUAAUGUACAUUUUUCUUAAAAUUCUAUUUCUGUUAAUUUAUCAUCAACAGUUUUCUAGUUCUGUAUUUUUGGUCAGUAUAUUCUGCAUAUUUGAAAGGAUAUUUUUGUAUGUAUUGUUUAAUACUGAUAUCUGUAACUGAUUUAAAAACAAAA